CAUACCCAUAGUUUUCUCCCUCUGAUCGUUAGUAUGGUGAUGCCAAUGCGUGCUGGAUCAGUGUUACUUCGACAGCAUCUUCAAUCGCGCACGCGUCUAAAAGAUUGUCAGUUCGCCAGUUCUUAUUUUUUUCAACCAUUUCUCUUGCUUAUUAUCAUUUUGCAGUGAGCUUUUUAGUGAAUAAAUAAGUGCUAGUGACAAUUGGUUUAAUUAUUAGUGAUAUUUGUUCAUUUAAAUUCAAACUUUUCUUUUUUUUUAUAAACAAUGUUGGGGGGAUAUGAAGCUCAAGCGGAUUAUUAUCCACAAUGGCAUCAACCCUAUGACUACGUCACACAACUUCCUUAUGGUACCUUGGGCAUUCCUGAUGCUGACAGCCAGUCAACUUAUUGUGGAGCAGACUCAGGAAUCUCCGGAGGAAGUUCUGGAGCAGGAAGUCCAGCAGCAUCAACACCACCAUUAGUAAUCGAAGAACUUGGAGUCCAGGAUUCAAUUUAUGGAUCGUCUAUUCAGCACUACACUCACUCUAUACCUCAGCAGCAAUAUUCUUCUGGUCUUCACUAUCCUCAACAGUAUCAACAACAACCUCCAACCACUCACCAAAGUCCCAAUCAGGAAACAGAUCUCAGGCUCCAAAAUGACUACUCCAUGUCUGCUUCUCGACAUCAAGUCAAUAUUAUGACGACUAACAAUUCUCCUGCUCAUCUUCAAUUGAAUCUUCACCACCAUUUGAACUCUGUCAAUCGUGAUGGUUCUUCCUUAGUUGUCAGGCCAAAGAGAAGGAAUACUGCUAAUAAAAAAGAACGAAGACGUACUCAGAGCAUCAACAAUGCUUUUGCUGAUCUUAGAGAUUGCAUUCCCAAUGUUCCGGCGGAUACGAAAUUAUCGAAAAUUAAAACCCUCAGAUUGGCUGCUUCAUACAUUGGUUACCUCAUGGCAGUUUUGGAAAGUGAAGAAGGGGAAGAACCACAAAUGUUCCGGGCAGAAAUUUUAUCUCAUGGGAGAAGAUCUAAAACUCAAUCAAACACUAAUGAAGCAUGUCAGAGUCUCAGUAAUUUCCACGAGGAGACUGCAAAGAGCAAGGGAAGAACUGGAUGGCCACAGCACAUGUGGGCACAAGAAUUAAAACAAGAAUCUUCAUCAACCACAACGUCGGCGUCUCUAUCAGUUGGUCAGUCAUAAUAGAAUCUUUUCAUUAGAGAUAAAAAAAAUGUAAUUUUCAAGAGAGCUGAAGCUUUAAUCCACAGAUUAUCCGCUAAAAAACUCUGAUGUAAAAAAUAUAUAAGCCCAAUCGUCUGUAAAUAAUUGAUAUUAUUAUAAAAUAGUUUUUAUUCGGUGUACUAGUAGUUAAAAGAUUUAUAUGUGUAAAUAGAGUGUCUUAUUAUAAUUAAUAUUAAUGUUAAAGCAAUUCUGAUAACUCAUUAAUUAUUUUUGUUUGAAACUUAAAAAAUUGUUACUAAUUAUUUUAAGCAUUCACCAAAGAGUAUUUUA